AUGUACAUAGGGGAAACACUGACAAUUACAUCUGUCAUCUCUGAUAACAACAACACGCUGACUGCAGAGAACCAGAAGCUGAAAACCAACCUGUCAGACCUCAACAACACACUGAGCUCAGAAAAGGAAAGACUGAGGAGAGACAACGAUGAUCAGACGGUCAUCAUUGGAAACCUGACAAAGGAAUAUAAUGACUCAGAAAUGAAGAUCAAGGAACUAACUGCAGAGAACCAGCAGCUGAAGACACAAAACCAGCAGCUGAAGACACAAAACCAGCAGCUGAAGACACAAAACCAGGAGCUGAAUACACAAAACCAGGAGCUGAAGACACAAAACCAGGAGCUGAAGACACUGAACAUCUUAAUAGAACAAAUAAGAAACACAGAGAACAACAUUACUGUCGUCCAGCAGAUCAUUGAUGCCUACUGCCCAAUAAAAGAUGGAAACAGACAGUGUAAACCUUGCCUAGAUGGCUGGCUGCACCACCAGUCCAGCUGUUAUGUAAUCCAUAACGUUGAUACUGCUGAUCAGAAAACCUGGGAGGAAGCUCAAGAUGACUGCAGAGGAAAGAAUUCAGACUUGGCUGUAAUAGUUAAUGAAGAUGAAAAGACAUUCAUCAGAGAUAACAGUUGGAGAAGUUUAGGACUCACUGGCUACUGGAUUGGACUGAGAGCUGAAGACAGGAAAUGGAAGUGGAUCGAUGGAAGUGAUCUGACUAAAAAAUCCUGGAUGACACAACCUGAUAACAACGGCUACUGUGUAAUUUCUGUUCCAAACCAAGGAUGGAAAUCAGUGAGCUGUGGAAACAAAAACGGUUGGAUCUGCAAAAAGGCGGCUUUAUCUGUUUAAACAGUGAGAAGCCUCACAUGAGAAGGUUACUGGAUACUCUGUAAAG